CCUCUCCUCCUCCCCGUCGUCCCCGGCCGUCCUGGCGGAGGUGGGGGCCCUAUUGGCGCCGCUGGGGCUGCUCGGGGAAGGACAUCUGCGGAGAAGAAAAGAGAGAAAGAAUGAAGUACCUGUUGUUAAUAUUUUUCAUGAACUUAUUGCCACAAUGUGCUGGCAAGUCUUUGAGCAGAGAUGGCAGUUACCCAAAAACAUUUGAAGGCAUCAGAAAUGAGAUAGCUGGCUAUAAUGAUAUUGCUAAAGCUAUUAUUGAUCUUGCUGUUUAUGGAAAAGCUCAGAACAGAUCUUAUGAAAGAUUAGCUGUUUUUGCUGAUACCAUAGGACCUAGACUAAGUGGUUCAAAAAAUCUAGAUGCAGCCAUCAAGUAUAUGUACAGUGCCCUGCAGAAAGAUGGGCUGGAGAAUGUGCACCUAGAACCUGUGAAAGUACCUCACUGGGAAAGAGGAGAAGAGUUUGCCAUGAUGCUGGAACCAAGGAAUCACAGUAUUGGUAUUCUGGGACUUGGGAGCAGUGUUGCAACUCCUCCAGAAGGAAUUACAGCGGAAGUCAUCGUGGUAGCCUCAUUCGAUGAGCUGCACAGAAGAGCUCAAGAGGCCAAGGGGAAGAUCGUUGUCUACAACCAACCUUUCAUCAGUUAUGGUGAAACUGUGCGGUACAGAUCACUGGGAGCAGUGGAAGCUGCUAAGGUUGGAGCUGUGGCAUCCCUCAUUAGAUCCGUUGCUUCAUUUUCUAUUCAUAGCCCACAUACUGGCUGGCAGGACUAUCAGUCUGGUAUACCCCAGAUUCCCACUGCUUGCAUCUCUGUGGAAGAUGCUGAAAUGAUGUCACGGAUGUCUUUCCGAGGCACUAAGAUUGUUGUGUACCUGAAGAUGGGGGCCAGGACCUAUCCAGACUCUACUUCUUUUAACACAGUGGCAGAAAUAGUCGGAAGCAAAUACCCAGAGCAGAUUGUGCUGGUCAGUGGACAUCUGGACAGCUGGGAUGUUGGGCAGGGAGCUAUGGAUGAUGGCGGCGGAGCAUUUAUAUCAUGGGAAGCAUUAUCACUCAUUAAGGAUCUGGGACUUCGUCCAAAAAGAACUCUACGCUUGGUGCUCUGGACAGGAGAAGAACAAGGAGGAAUAGGUGCUGAGCAAUACUACCAAUUGCACAAGGAAAACAUCUCUAACUUCGAUAUCGUCAUGGAGUCUGAUGAGGGCACCUUCAAGCCAUCUGGGCUGGCUUUUACUGGGAAUGCCAAAGCUCGUGACAUCGUGAAAGAGAUCAUGGCUCUGCUACUGCCUAUCAACGUUACAGAAGUUUAUGACGCUGCAGAUGGAACAGACAUCAAUUUCUGGAUGAGGGACGGAGUGCCCGGUGCCAGCUUGCGUGAUGACCUCAGUAAAUACUUCUGGUUUCAUCAUUCUCAAGGGGACACGAUGACAGUUCAGGAUCCAAACCAGAUGAAUCUCUGUGCUGCUGUUUGGACUGUUGUCUCCUAUAUAAUUGCUGACAUGGAGGAGAUGCUGCCAAGGUAAUAAAGCGUCAAGAUAGAAGAUUUCUGUUCAUCAGUAAAGACUGUGAGUCCCCUAAUACAUGUGGUCUACAGCUGUGGGAAAUUCCUUUUUUCAACCUGAUUUUGCACAGUAUUUUGUCUGUUUUCUUCAAAGCAUGUACUCUCUUUUACACAUUCCUGGUUCUUUUUGCUGUUUUAAUAUCUUCCAUUUGUGAAUUUCCCUUUAAGUUUCCUGAAUACUUUAAAAAUUUCUGAUGAAAUGGUAUCUCUUUGGCAUGAUGAAGUAAUCAUUUGUAUGCAAACUGAUCCUUUGCAGCAGGAAAAAUACAACAAAAUAAAUUUGUCGCAUCAGAAUAA